CCAUGACCUUCAGUACCCAAUACCCUUUCAACCCAAUAUGUUAUUAUCUUUUUAUUCCUACAAUAAACAUAUUCUCACUUUCAAUUGACCCUGAAACCCCCCUAAAACACCCCCUAAAACACCCUAAAACAUGCUAAUUUUAGGUACAAAAUAUCGAUAUCGUUGCUUUUUCGACGAUCGAUAUCGGAAUUGUCGAAUAUAAUAUCGAUAUUAUAUCGCGAUAAAUAUCGUCAUUGUGCCUAUGUCUGCCCGGGACAGUACAAGAAGUACCACGUUCGGGUAUAUCCUUCCGCUUCAACUCGUGUAAGGAUUGUAGAGUCAUAGAGGCUGACAUGACGCAACUUAUCUGGCUCUCAUCAAUCAGGUUUUUGAAUGGGGCUAGCAUACAAGCGGAAGAAUAUCUCGUGGUAAUAGCAUAAGGUACUGUAUUAGGUUGGAUGAUGUUUUUCGCGUAUUUUAUAUAAGAAUACUGUAUCCUCUUAAUAGGUAGCAGAGAAUCCUUUCCUUUCUGUCAGCUGAAGUGGACUUAAAGUAAUGAAAUAUUCUAGAUAUUUUAGGACAAUUGCAUCAAUUGUCUUGGGACUUUUGAUUUACUGUUGUGAUCAGUCUGAAUAUCUAGAAUAAUUGAAUCAAGCUAAGGAUAUGCUCUUCUUGUCCACAUGUAGACAGCUUCUUUGACGGCUGCAAAAUCCGAAAAAAUGGCGCGCUGCGCCGCUAGUAUAGUAUAUACAGUUUUGAAACCUCGUAAAUGGGAUGGUGAUACGGACUUAAGAAGAUGACUGCGCAAGCGGUGCAGAAAACGUCCCGUCAUUGGAUACAACUGCCUUGUAUGUACUCAUUCUCUACAAACUUAUGAUCGGUAGGAAUCGGACCACCGAACAAUUAAUGCCUCAGCCAUAGGAAUACAAAAACAGCCCGCCCUGCUCCCAUCAGACUUGCUUCCUUAACCAAUUUCAUCUGAUCAGUGAUCAUCUCGUAAAUUCAGUCCCAACAUGGCCACAAUCAACCACGUCAAAAGGAAGCAGGAAGAAGUAAUCGACCUCGGACCCGUCCAAAUAUACGUCCUUGAAGACGGCAAGCUCACUGAUAACCGCCUAUCCCUCAUCCGCCUUACCAUCCAAGGGAAAUCCAAAGGACCCCCAGUGCGUAACAUUCCCCUUCGCUACCAACUACCUUGCUAAUAGGCCAAAGCUCCAUUGGCAUCGUAUGCACGACGAGGGAUUCUACGUCUCGAAAGGGACUGUACGCUUCCACACUGAGAAAGGGGAUGUUGAUGCCAACGCGGGGGAAUUCGUUAUGGUUCCCAUCAAGGCAGUCCAUAGUUUCUCAAAUCCCUUUGACGAGCCGGCGGAGUUCUUGAAUACUUUUACUCCAGCGUUUUAUAUUGAUUAUCUGAGGAUGGUGGGUGCGAACAUGAAAUCGGGGAUGAUGAUGGGUGCCGAGAAGCAGAAGGAGAUUAUGGCUCAGUUUGCGACUUUUCCACCGGGAGAUCUUGGAUUGGAUGAAUGACGAGGGGAAUAGUUCGGGUCUUGAGAGCAGUUGGCUUUAGGCCCUCAAGAUCUAUUGUACUUGUAAGCAAAGACGUUUGGGGGUUUGCACCAGAGUCUGAAGACAAAUACCACUCCACUCACUAUUCCCAUGGAGGUAAACUACUCAGAAGGGUCCUUCAUAAAAUUUCAUUGCUAGAUGCCAUAUCAGAGGAGUCGUACAAGUCGUAGCCAUUAACCUAUGUGCACACCUAUCACAGCCUAUAGCACACGGCCACCCAGGUAUGUCCCAACGCCAAAUCAC